AUGAGUUUUCACAAGAUAGAUACCCUAAUGAAUAUCGACUCUGCACCGAUGUGCCGACUGUGUCUCAGCUGUGAACCAUCUCAGUACGUAUCGCUACACGUUCUGCAUCAGGGUGUACCACUCGCUAACAUCAUCAGCCUUUGCUUUGGUAUUAAGAUCCCCCGAAAUGAGGAACUGGUACAAACCGUGUGCAAUAUUUGCUGGAACGAGGUGAUAAAAUACAAUGAACUACGGGAAAAAUAUCUAGCUUCGGAUAAAAUUCUUCGUGAGGCACAAAGGAUUAAAUGCGUAUUACAAAAUGAACCUGCCGAUCAACGAUUAGUUCUUUCUUUUAACCCUAUGAAGGAAACCUCAGGAUCAAUUCUGUCUAGUCAUCAGCAUGGAAUGUUCAAACCAUCAGACGAGCAGUUUAGUAUGAACCAUGAAGACUGCGAAACUCCUCAUUUUGUACUAUCGCAGUUUGUUAGGGUCGAUCAUAAUGGCACUGAACAACCCGGCACAGAUACACUCGUCCACACAGAUAAGCUAGAGCAAACUGAUUCGUCUAAAAUCGAACGAGCAAUUCAUAACACUACACUUUUUUGCUGUGGCUGCAAUCCCUCGCCAGAGUUUACGAGUGCACAAGAACUAAAUACACACUGCAAUUUAGAACACACAAAAUACCGUAUCUCGGACAAUUCAAUCCGUCCCUUCGAAUGCAACACGUGCUUUCAACGCUUCUUAACCGAGACACUUCUUAGGCACCAUAAAAAUCGGCCAUACCGGAAAAGAUCGUAUGUUUGCACAUCGUGUUCAUCGGCUUACUUCACAAAUUCAGCCUUAAAGCGGCAUGAAAAUGUGUGCAAGGUCAUGGAAAAGAACUAUACCUGCGAAGACUGCGGCAAACGAUUCCGACAAAUCGUUACACUAAAAAACCACCGCAAACUGCACAAAACUGAGAAAACCUUUUCGUGUUCCGUGUGUUUGAAGGCUUUCAAACAAAAGUUUGAGCUUCCCAUCCACAUGGUAACGCACACUGGUGAGCAACCAUUUCCGUGUGAUCAGUGUCCGGCAAGGUUCAAGCGAAAGCAAGCGCUUAAAAACCACCAACAUCGCCAUGUGAAUCCGCGGCCGUUUAAAUGUGAUGCAUGUGAUGAAUGGUUUGGCAAUCCUACAGCUCGAAAAUUUCAUCGCCAAACGGUACACGAAGGCCUUGAUCCGUUCCGCUGUGAACAGUGCGGGUUAAGCUAUGGGCGAAGGGUGCGACUUAAGCAGCACAUGAAGAAAGUACACGGAGAAGCUGUAGACGGAGAAUAA